UCUGUGAACUGUUCUCUUUCUGUCCACUGUCGCCUCCUCUAACCUUUGCUCCAAUGUCUGCAGCCCCUGAGUCCCUCUUAGUGACUGUCCCUUGUCCUCAUCUCAUGCCUUCUGUGGCUCUCUGAGGGGCUCGCCAGGGCCUGUGUGGUCUGUCCUCUGUCCCCGGGCUAAGUCUGCCCUACCCCCACCACACUUCUGCUCCCACGGUCUCCUCUUGGCUGAGUUCCACCUGUGCUCUGGAGCUGGUCCUGACCCCUCCUUCUCUGAAUUCUUAUCCGAACCUUGCUAUUUAGCUGUACACUCUUUGUUCUCUAACUGCAUCUCUAAAUGUCCACCUUUUCUCCCCUAGAAGAGGGUGCGCUCCUUGCAGGCAGACACUGUCAAUAAUGAUGGCAGUAAUAGCUCUGAUGGGUGAGUGGGCACUUGUGUACCAGGCCCAGAGCUUAGUGAUUUACAUAAUUUCUCAUUCAAUGAUGACAAUAAACCUGCGUUAUUAUCCCAUUUGACAGAUGAACCUGAAGCUCUGAGAGGUCGAGUAACUUGGCCAAGGUCAUCUAGCUAGAAAGUAAUAGAGCAAGAAUUUUAACCAUAUCUGUCUGACUGCAAAGCCCAUGCUUUUCCACACUGCUCACACUCUUUGCUACUGUUGCUGCUUGAUUCAGAUUUCCUUGAGUGUUCUUCACCAUGGAGUCCACGGGGUCCUCAUGUCUUUGUGGUAGGAAGCCUCCUAUGGAUAAGAGAGCAGAUAACACUCACCCUGGGUGAAGUGUUCAGGGCUUGGCUCCUCUGAACCCAGAUGUUUGUCCGGGAUGUGAACACUCCAAGCUCUGUAUGUCCUUCCCAGCCCCACUUUCUUGCCUCUGUACACCCUUCAUGGCCCUACAGCCUCUCUCUCUUGCCCCUUUCUCUGGAGACACCUAAGCAGCCAGGGGUUCUUCCUAGAUGAGCAGGCUUCCCUGGGGCUGCAGGUCUGAUAUCUCUUGAUAGAGUUGGUAAGAAAACAGGGCCAAGGAUCAGCACAAGGCCCCAAGGAGAGAAUCCAGACUGAAGACAGACCCUCCCCUCCCCCACCAGCUCCCAUACCCCACCUGGGCCCUUCCCCUCACAGCCCCUCUCUCCUUCCCCCAGUCAGAAUCCUUGCUUCGGGCUCCCCAGCCCCUGGGCUAAGCCCCACCCCUCUCCCGACAUCCUAAAGUUUGGGGGCUGCACUCAAGUGAGGGAUUUCCAAGUACGGGUGUGUUGGAGGGACUUCUUCUGAGGGCUGCUUGUCCUGGAAGAACGAGGGAAAGGUGGCAGCCACUGCUGCUGUCUCUGAGGACAUUGUGGAGUCCCUGGGAGACCCUCUGCCCUUUCUCCCUCCCACCAGCCCAGGCAAGCAGGGACCAAGCUUGCUUCUUGUCACCUGACGCUGGGCAGCCGCUGAUCCCAUUGGUGGAGCCAGAUUCGGUCUGGCUCUCUUGUCGUUUCUUGCCUUCUCUGCCUCUCUCUCCUCCUCGCCGCUUUGAUUUCGCUCUUGCCUCUCUCCUUGCGCUGAGAACGUCGCCUCUCCGGGGGGCAGCAGCAGCUCACUGCAAAGCCAGGCAGGAGCUGCCUGCGGGGCAUGGAAGAAGCCUCCUGGGCAGCUGUGAGAAGAGUGAGAGGAGGGAGCGAGCGCCGCUGCCCGUGACCAGGCGUCCAGUGCUGCCCUCCGCCUGGGGAGCCCAUCCACACAGAAGUCUCGCUCUUCUCUCCCUCCCAGGUCUUUCUUCUGCAGAGCCCGGUGGAGCCAGUCCCCACAGGAGCCAAACCAGAGGGGAGCAUGGAGCUGCUGUCCACACCCCACAGCAUCGAGGUCAACAACAUCACCUGUGACUCCUUCCGCAUCUCCUGGACCAUGGAGAACAGUGACCUGGAGAGGGUCACCCAUUACUUCAUUGACCUCAACAAGAAGGAGAACAAGAACUCCAACAAGUUCAAGCACCGAGAUGUCCCCACCAAGCUUGUGGCCAAGGCCGUGCCACUGCCCAUGACAGUGAGAGGCCACUGGUUCCUGAGCCCCCGCACGGAGUACAGCGUGGCGGUGCAGACUGCCGUGAAGCAGAGCGACGGGGAGUACCUGGUGUCGGGCUGGAGCGAGACAGUGGAGUUCUGCACUGGGGAUUAUGCCAAGGAGCACCUGGCCCAGCUGCAGGAGAAGGCUGAGCAGAUCGCAGGCCGCAUGCUCCGCUUCUCUGUCUUCUACCGCAACCAUCACAAGGAGUACUUCCAGCACGCCAGAACCCACUGUGGGAACAUGCUGCAGCCCUACCUGAAGGACAACAGUGGCAGCCACGGCUCCCCAACUAGCGGCAUGCUCCACGGCGUCUUCUUCAGCUGCAACACGGAGUUCAACACCGGCCAGCCCCCCCAGGACUCCCCCUACGGCCGCUGGCGCUUCCAGAUCCCCGCCCAGCGCCUUUUCAACCCCAGCACCAACCUCUACUUUGCGGACUUCUACUGUAUGUACACGGCCUACCACUAUGCCAUCCUGGUGCUGGCCCCCAAGGGCUCCCUGGGGGACCGCUUCUGCCGUGACCGCCUGCCCCUCCUGGACAUUGCCUGCAACAAGUUCCUGACCUGCAGCGUGGAGGAUGGGGAGCUGGUCUUCCGCCACGCCCAGGACCUCAUCCUGGAGGUCAUCUACACGGAGCCCGUCGACCUGUCCCUGGGCACCCUGGGCGAGAUCAGCGGGCACCAGCUCAUGAGCCUGUCCACUGCCGAUGCCAAGAAGGACCCCAGCUGCAAGACCUGCAACAUCAGUGUGGGCCGCUAGGGACGCUUGGGGAGCCGGGGGUCUAGGGAGAGAUGACAGGCAGGGAGGCGAUGGGUGGCAUAGGUUCAGGGAGCUGGCUUUCUCUCCUCUGCCCCCCUGCUCCCUCCAUACCAUCAGUCUCCCCCUUUCCCACCCCUUGGCAUUAGAGGCAAUAGAGAGUAGUCCUCUUGGUAGGCAUGGCCCGCCCAUGCCUGGUGGACUUGGAAAGGCUUCUUAGCCUCAGUAGGUGGGGGGGGGGGGGGUGGAUUUCUGGAGACUCCCCUUCCCCCGGUUUCCCUGUCCUGCAGUUUCUCGCUUCAUCCCGGGCCUCCAUCUCAUGGAGACCUGCAGCCUCCGGGCCCUCCCAGGGAAGCCUCUCCGGGCCAAAGCCCAUGUGUAGCUUGCCUGCCUCCAGAGGCGAUGCAGAGAGCUGUGGGGUGCUCUUCCUUAGCCCCACCCGCCCCACUCAGGGCCCACACAGAAUGCCCCUCCCCACUCAGCUGGGCCCCCUGGGCUUCCCCCCUCCAGGCCGCCCUUUCCCUCUAUAAAUAGUCUCCUGCACCGCUGUGACCCCGGCUGCUCCUCGCCCCACAGCACCCUCUUCCUGCAUGGGGAGAGCCGUCCUCUCCUCUCCACCCACCCUCUAGAAGGGUCCUCUUUUUCCUCUUGGCUUUGGGGCCCCAGGCUGUUGGGAUUGUUCCUCUUCUGUCUGGAGAUGAUAUAAACCCCAGAGUACUUUUUCCCUUACUCAGAGCGCUGGGGUUUGGAAUGGCAGCCACUGAGGUCGAGGAGGGGGAAAGAGACCCCUGAGACCCAGAAGGACCCCUUCCUCAGCUGGGAGUGGGCUGCCUCUGGCCUGAGGGGACCCGUGUGGAGCUAGAACUGAGGGCUUUCCCGCAGAGCCCUGGCCCCCUGCCCGGCUGUGCGCUUUGCUCACUCUCUGCCACGGAACUGUGAUGGCACUGUGCCUGUGUGUGCUCUGGACUGUGGCAUCCCGCCGCCCCCUCCUGUCCACACCCACUGGCUCCCACCCGCUGCGAGCCUCUCGGCGGAGAACCCCUUCCCUGCGGAGUCCUUUGUGGUCUUCCCUGGGCCUCCCAGGUUUUCACCUGUUUCCUACUUUUGUACGGGUCAGGAGGGUGGUGAGGGUAGACCUCCUGAGACAAGCAGACCAGGUGGGUGACGGGGAGAGGUGCUGAUGGAGGCAGCCAGCUGUUCGGGGGAUGAUGAAGGGGAUGUGAGGUGGAGGAGAGAAGCCCACAGUGAUGGCCAGAUUUCUUGGCGGAGGACGGAAGGGACUGGCAGGCCCAAAGGGCCACGUCUCUAUGAGGGGCCGGUGGGACAGCUGGUUGCAUCGCCUGUAGCCCCCUGGAGUGGGGUGGUCAGCUGUCUCCAGGGCACGGAUCAGGUCUGGAGGCCCUGGGAGAUGUGUGGAGAGGAGAGGACAUGAGCCCCCGGGCCCUUUUCCCUCUGCAGAUGGCACUGCUGUGGGGGUGGCUCGCUGCCCUCCCCUGACCCUGUGUCUGCCCUGGGCUGGGGGCACACCCACCUGUGCUGUGCUUGCGUGUGCAUCAAUAAACCACCACGGCCUGAGA